AUGAGGCGGGCAGCACCCGCGUCUUUCUCUGGGUCCUCCCAGGAAUACCAGAGCAUCAGUCUCACUCGCUUCGAAGAACAACCCAACAUUGCCCCAUCACCUGCCAGUACCACCAUCGGUAGAGAGGGCUCAUAUUUGACGCCCCGGUCUGAAGUUGAUUCUCCUUGUCUUAGCCCCAAUUUGCACGACUCUUUUGCCUCGGGCGGCAGAGAACACAGCCAGGUGGACUUGCUAGCCGCUGACCGGGCACAUAACUUGUCCACUGGACUGGGUGUCUACCAGCCCAUUACACCAACGCAACCUCCCAAAGACCCUUCGUGGUUAAGGCUUGUGAAAAGUAAAUGGUGCAUGGUAGUAUGCCUCGUUUUUGGGGCUGCAGCGGCCGUCGGCCAUCAUAUUCUCUAUGUUCACCUCCACAAUCGCAUAGCUACAAACCAGCAAUGGUGGUUACGGCUAGGUCAAUUUCUAGCCUUUACUGCAAAAGCCAGCUUUGUUGUUGCUGUACUAACAGCUUAUGAGCAAGUAGCCUGGAGAGCUGUUAGCCAAAACAGCUACACAGUCCAUGCUAUCGACUCUCUGUUCGGCGCGACCCACAAUAUUUUUGAGCUCUUUAAUAAAGAGGCGUGGAAGAAGUCAUCCUUUGCUAUGGUCCUUGCCAUAUACAUUUGGCUAUCACCUGCCGUAGUCAUCUUCACUUCAGCAACACUAAACGUGGUGACUGACACAAGAGGCGAACAUUCAAACUGCACAUCUAUCCGAACCCUCAACUUUAGCAAUGACGCCAAGAAAAGCUGGGACGAUGAUAAAAGGGCUGUGAAUGAGACCAUGCGCGGGAUCUCCAUUUCGAUGUUUAACGAGGUGAUGGCAGACCGGGAUUCCCCUUAUCACUUCGAUUACUGGCUCAAGGCUGCCCCACCGCUUGAUUCCAUUGCCUCCAGGGUCUUGUCUGGAGGGCAGCCAAUUCAGAGAGACGAGGUGGCUACGGAGAUAUGUGGAAAAGGCUGGGACUGCUCUACGACCAUUCACUUUUUAGGGCCUGGAUACAAGUGCGAGCAGCUUGCCAAAGGUGCGAACUCGACAAUGAGCAGCUUCAAUGAUUACGAAACGCCCUUCAAUUUGACCGAGAUGAUACCUGCUGGAAACGCCAGUUUCUAUAGCAUUGCAAACUGGGGAGAAUACAAAACGAACCAGAUUACAGUGGACGAGAACAACAAACCGGUACAGAAGCCUCCGUUUCCGAAAAAUCUGGGUGCUUUCAGAACAGAACCAGCUCUUUGGAUGGGCUACGUCGAGGUGGAUGACAUAGAUGCCCAGCAUGCAAAGAACCGUAGCAUGAAGGGGUGGGAUCAAGAUUAUACGCCUGUUAUUACUGUUUGUGAGCAUUGGGAAACCAACUAUACCGUCAAUCUGAAUUAUACAGGUGGUCGCCAAUCAUACGAAGUCACUUAUCGAGACUAUAUACAAAGAGUUAUCAACACAACAUACGUUAAUGAGUCUGCCAGCGAUGGAACUCUCGACCCAAUACUUGCCGAACCUGUAGAGAACUAUGUUUUCCCGAAGGACUGGCAAUAUUACCGCAAAAUAGCAGCGUAUCACUCCCUAGGCAAGAAGCUCCGCGAUCUUCUCCAGGGAUCGAUUCAACUACCGGGACCUAUCGCGCAUUCAGCAAUCACAACUUCCAAACUAGUGGCCCGUCCUGAGUCUUUACCAGUCCCCGACUUUGAGGGCGCAGUGCAAAAACUCUACGAGGAUAUGCUUAUAUCUCUUCUCUCGGACCCGUUACUUCUUGCUGUGGCAUGGGCCUCCCACCCAAACGAGCUCUCAGGCAGGGGCCCUGGUGGGCCCAAUACCAAAUACCCAUGUAUUCGCAUGCGCACAGGCAGUUACUUCUUCUACAAUUGGAAGGUCCUUGUAGCGGUAUAUGCGGCGUCGUUUAUUGUUGGAGUUGUGGGUGUGGCAUAUGGGCUUCUAGUUAUGUGGCAGGAUGGAGUGAAAGAGGUUCGCCAGAUGACCUUCUCGGCAAUUGCUAAAACGACGAAGGGGAUAGAUCUAGACCAGAACGGGGAUGGAAGAAGCAGAAUCCGUGCAGUAGAAGAGCGACCGGGGAGUGGUAUUUUUGAGUUUAGAGUUGAGGAUUACAAUCGGUGGGAUGGUCACAAGACGGCAGGCGUUAAGCAGAGGCUUAGCCCUUGA